AUGGCGAUUGACAAGAUAGGGAAGUACUUCUUUUCUGUUCUUUUCAUCGUUUCGGCUCUAAAACAGGCGUGUGAAUUCUUGCUUCGUUAUUCUAACCUAGGGAGCCACAAUCACAACAGUAUGCAAGACUUGGAAGAUGAAGAAGUUGUUGAAUGCGCUAUUUGCUUAUGCAAGAUUGAUGAAGACGAUGAGAUUCGAGAGUUGACAUGUGACCAUCUGUUCCAUAGAGUUUGCUUGGAUAGAUGGGCCGGAUACCGGCGUUCCACCUGCCCUAUUUGUCGCACUUCUUUAUCUCCUCCACAACUACUUUCCGGCAUGGAAGUCAUUCUUUUCAAAUAUUGUUGUUUACAUGAUUCCGGCCACCGGGAAGCCUGGUGGCUGCGAUAG